GCACAUCAACGCAUUCACACAGGGGAGAAACCAUUCAGAUGUGAGGAGUGCAACGAAUCCUUCUCAAGGUCAUCCAAACUUCUGCUUCAUCAGAGGAUCACACAAAGGAGUAACCUUUCAGGUGUGAGAUUUGUGAUAAAACUUUCUUGGUUCUUUGACCCUUGGGGGAACCAAAGAAUUCAUAAAGCAGCAGAGAACCUCUUCAUGUCCCAUUGUUAUGACAAGAUUUUCAUCCAAAUCUCCAACCUUUUGAAGCAUCAAUGGAUCACAUUAUGCCUAAAGCAGAGAAAUAUUGAGUCUAUCAAUCAUCAUGCAGAGUUAAAAGAGAUUGGAUGAUUCGCCUAGCUUGGAGCUAGAGGAAGAAAUUCCCAGUGUAACCCAUAAAGUGAGUACUCCUGGGGUUAAAGAUGAUACAGCUGAGAAAAUGAAAAGGAAGCAGCAUGAUGGAACAUCAUGGAACUGUAACUCUGUGGAGAGUGCAGUUUGUGGAUGAUCUUGUAAUAGUAAGGAUGAACACCUUGCCAAGACCUUCCCUACGCCUCCACUUCUCAACAUUAAACAACCAGCAAACCUUAAACAGACCAUUAUUCGCAGCAAACUGCCCAGCCUUGAGGGCAACAUCAACCACAACACCAUACAGCCCUGUCAUGGCAACCACUACAAGACGUGUUAGAGUGUCAACAUGGAAACCACUAUUACACAUGGGGACACCACCCGCCAUGUACGCAGCAAGUACUCAUUGCAAUUCAGCCAACAUUGUCCAUCUCAUAUGCUGCAGUCAAGGAUGCCCCGAGGCAUGGUACACUGGCGAGACUAAGCAGAUGCUACAACAGCGGAUGAAUGGACACUCCACAACUAUUACCAAGCAGGGGUGUUCCCUUCCAUUCAGGGAACACUUCAGCGAUCAGGGGCAUUCACCCUCGGGUCUUCAAGUGACUAUCCUCCAAGGCGAACGUUGGGAUACGCAACAACGCAAAGUGGUCAAGCAGACACUGACAGUCAAGUUCAGUACCCAUCAAAGUGGCCUCAACCAAGACCCUGGCUCAUGUCUCACUACAGGUGACCCCACUACACACUCUCUCUCACUCACACACAUAUAGACCCUCUCUCAUACACAUGCUCU